ACGGUGCUACAAUGGUAUAUUCCAUUUCCCAAUCCGUCGUCCCCGCGGUGGGCGCGCCGUUGGUCUGCUCCGCGACUGCGCACUGGCGCUGCCCGGGGGCUCUCAGCUGGUUUUACAACUUGCCAAAAAUUGUUGAAGAAGAUGGGAGGUGCAGUGAGUGCAGGAGAAGAUAAUGAUGAAUUAAUCGAUAACCUGAAAGAAGCGCAGUAUAUCCGGACAGAGCUAGUGGAGCAGGCAUUCCGUGCCAUUGAUCGAGCAGACUAUUAUCUUGAUGAUUUUAAGGACAAUGCUUACAAAGACUUGGCGUGGAAACAUGGAAAUUUUCAUCUCUCUGCACCGUGCAUUUACUCUGAGGUGAUGGAAGCUUUGGAUCUACAGCCGGGACUGUCAUUCUUGAAUCUGGGCAGUGGCACCGGUUAUCUGAGUUCUAUGGUCGGACUCAUCUUGGGUCCUUUUGGUGUUAACCAUGGUGUGGAGCUUCACUCUGAUGUUAUAGAGUAUGCAAAGCAGAAAUUGGACUUCUUCAUCAGAACAAGUGACAGCUUUGACAAAUUUGAAUUCUGUGAGCCCUCCUUUGUUACUGGCAAUUGUUUAGAGAUCUCUCCAGAUUCUACUCAGUAUGACCGUGUUUACUGUGGUGCUGGGGUACAGAAAGAACAUGAGGACUACAUGAAAAGUCUGCUGAAAGUUGGGGGAAUUCUCGUCAUGCCACUCGAGGAAAAACUGACAAAGAUAACACGCACUGGUCCUGCUGCUUGGGAAACCAAGAAGAUCCUUGCUGUUUCUUUUGCUCCUCUGAUUCAACCCAUUCAUGCAGAUUCAGGGAAAUCGAGACUUGUUCACUUGCUUGUCCAGUUUUGUCCAUCCUAUGCUGCGUACAGGUUUCCUGUAUUUGAAGAGGUGUGGUAUUCGGAAAGCAAGUUGAAAAAACAAAUCCAGAAAUGUUAGUGUCUGCUCUGUGAAAUUGAAAGUGCGUAUCUUUGUAUUUUAAAAUAAUCUGCCUGCAUUUUCGGUUUCCUGUUUGUCAGACUGUACUGGCUUGCCGGUGUACAUUCAUACAUGGCAUCUUAUAGUAUUAAGGGAAUAUCUUGCAAAGUGAAAAAUGCACACAGCAUUUGUUUCAGUUGUGACAUUUAUCAAUUUAUAUCAAUAGCAUGGCUGUGCAGAGUUUCCUUCAAACAUGAUACUCUUCAGGAGGGGAGUUGCAUUAUUUUUAUUUGUAUUGCAGGUAGUGCCCAGUGAUCCCAAUCUAGAUUGAGGCUCCAUUGUGCAAGGUCCUGUACAAACACAUAAGAACACAGGGUCCCUGCCCUCAAGAAAUUACUACUUAAUCUGUUUUUUAUUCUUCUUUGGUAUCUGCUUAUCACACUGUACAGAGCAUAUUAACUGUCCAUCUGAGUAUACCUUGCAUAUUGUGUCCACUAUGAGGAAGCCUGAAAGUAUUUCAUACUUUAUUUUUCCACUUCUUUGCUUAGAAGAAUGUCUUCAAGUGUUUUUAAUCCACAGUGGAACAGAGUUUUCAAUUUAAUUUGAUGCUUCUCAGUGCAGGGAUAGAUGUAUGCAAAUACAGGUUUUAUUUAUAUUACGUGAGAGACAUGGAAUUGUGCAGUAAUGUUGACUGUUGCAUACCUUGAAUUGGCUGAAUAAUGCUGCACAAAAGCAUGUAGAGUCCUCUAAACCAGUGGUUCUCAACAUUUCCAGACUACUAUACCCCUUUCAGGAGUCUGAUUUGUCUUGCGUACCCCCCAGUUUCACCUCACUUAAAAAUUGCUUGCUUACAAGAGCAGACACAAAAAUACAUUUUUAACCACAUCAUUAUAAAAUCAACUGGAAUAUAAACAUUGUACUUACAUUUCAGUGUAUAGGCUAUAGAGCAGUAUAAACAAGUUAUUGUCUGUAUGAAAUUUUAGUUUGUACUGACUUCGCUAGUGCUUUUUAUGUAGCCUGUUGUAAAACUAGGCAAAUAUCUAGAUGAGUUGAUGUAGCCCUGGAAGACCUCUGUAUACCCCCAGGGCUACACAUACUCCUGGUUUGAGAACUGCUGCUCUAAACCACUGAAGAGGGUGGGUAUGUACCCUAUAUAAUACACAGUCACAUGCUUCUAACUCUUUCUAUCCACAUAUCUUGAAACAGGUUUCAUGUGCUAAUGAUGUUAGCCUACACCUUUUGAAGUAGAUAAGUAUUGAUGAGGAAACUGACAAAAGUUAAGUGAUUUGCCCAAAGUCUCGAAAUUAAUCAGCAGCAGAGCUGGGAGUAGAAUCCAGAUCUGCUCACUCUGUUUUGCGCAUUGAGGACUGUUUCCACACUAUUGAGAGGUCCGGAACCAAACUCCUCCACAUUAUUGUACAGUCUGAAUUGCAAAGUCUUAAGAUUUAAAGCUUAAAACAUGGUUGCAUAAAAUAGUUCCUUAAACAUUUGAGUAUAAAAUACCAAAAUUCUAUUUUAAAUAUUGUAUUCAAUGUCUACUGAUUUGUGUUUUGUGCACAGUGGGUUUGUGCAUUUGAACUUUUUAUCUCAACUCCUUCUCUCAGUGAUCAGAUUACAGGAGAAAUGCAUAAUACAACAUUUUUUUUAGGGAUAAACAUUAACUUUAUCCAAGUUGACAAAGAUUGAAAUAAAGCUGGGGGUUUUUUUUAUAAACAUAACGGGGAAUUAGAAUAGUUAUCCUCACUCCAUUUCAGACAACUCUUCAGCCUGUGCUGCCAGUUUUUUUGCUUCCAUACCUGUUCAUAUUUUUGUUCUGUGUUAUAGCACCAAUAACUGUCCGCAGCCUACAGGAUCUGGCUCGCAUUGCCAUCCGAGGAACUAUUAAAAGGAUAAUACAUCAAGAAACAAUGAGCAAAAAUGGAAAUGGUCUGAAAAACCCUCCAAGGUUUAAACGAAGACGUGUUCGCCGCCGUCGUAUGGAAACCAUUGUCUUCUUGGAUAAAGAAGUCUUUGCCAGUCGUAUCUCAAACCCCUCAGAUGAUAACAACAACUGUGAAGAGACUGAGGAGGAGAGGAGAGAAGAGGAGGAAAAGGGUAUCUCUGAACUGAAGCCAGACCCCCCUGUAAACUUUCUGAGAGAGAAGGUCUUGAGUCUGCCUUUGCCUGAUCCCCUGAAAUAUUACCUGCUUUAUUACAGAGAAAAAUAAGUUUCUUGUUCAUAGAAAGCAGAAAGGUAGACAUAAAAAUAAAAUACUACUUAGGGCUUGACAAAUGUGUACCACUUGCUUGCCUGUUAACAUGACCACACAUGGCAGUAGGCUGGCUAGCUGGGGAAUGUGGCUGCUGUAUUCUUAAACAUCAUAGCUUUUUUAAGUUUCCUCUCCUUCUUGGUUGUAUGCUAUAGUUUUAUCCUGCAGCAGUGUUCCCUUUUAAAAAGCAAGCUGAUGAAGUGCUCAGUUGCUUAGAGAGAGAAGGAUAUCAUUCCCUGAAAACUAACUACACAGAGAUGUCUAUUGAAAUCUCUUGGCUGCACUUUCAACAAAUUGCAGUUUUAAAUAUUCUUAGGCAGUGCUCUAAAGACUUCAUUGUCCAUGCUCUCCUACUAACUUUGACACAAAUGGAGUACACAUUUGGUUUCAUUUUUAAACAGAGAUAUUGGUAAAAAUCUGACCUGGUAAACCUUGUUUGUUCCAGUAAUCUGCAAAAAAACACAAACGUACGAAAUCAGACUUUGGUAGUACUUUGAGGUAUCCAGGUUUUGAACACUGAAGCAAAGCACUGGCCACCUUUCAAUUGGUGGGUCUCAGGUUAGCUAUAAACCUUACAUUUUUUUUAGAUUUUGGGAGAGAGGAAUGUUUGGCAGGGAGUUGGUGUUUCCUUCACAGAAAAUGGCUUGUUUUGUAAAAUCCAGUCUGAGGUGAGAUGCAAGCUACGUAAGGUUUUAAAAAAAAAAUAAAUAAGGAGAGCGAAUUUAACUUAGAGUUGCUAAACUGAUCAGCUGACUUUCAAAGAUUGCUAGGGCGAUCAGGUUUGUGGCUGUUUCCUCUGGCACCACUUACAAAGUAAUGCAGGAAAAUAUGGGUGGGAAAAGGACAAACCUAGCAAGGAGUUAACCUAAGACUGGUGCUGAUAGUGCAAUCCACAGACCUGGAGUUAAUGUGUGACUGCUGUGCUGGACAUAGUGUAAGGCAGGUAGUCUCAGGCAUUCCUAGCCUGAACUACUAAAGGAAGUAGCCAGUGUCCUGGGAAAUGAACCAAACUUUGUUUCUCAGAAGUUGCACAGGAAAGUGGAAACAGUCUAGGAAGCCAAAGUGAGUGGUUAUGCUACUGACCCAUAAUGCUUAAGUGCCCUGUUUGGGGCUAUGCUGUAGCAAGGAGACUGCAAUGCUGUUCACGUAUACCUUGUCCUUGUAGAUUAGCAGGAACUAGAUUUACAGCCUUACUAGUUCAUUUAAUUUUUGUUAGUUUCUUUAAGUAGCUUGUGUAGAAGGACUUUACAGCCUGCAAUUUCAUGGAGUAUAAAUUCUAAUCUUUAUUCUCAAGUCUUCCUGUAAUGAUGGUAAGAGGAGAUUUAUAUUCAUGUGUUGAGGGGAAGAUUGCUUGAUUAUUUUGGCCUGUUUGACAAAUCUGUGUACAAUAUUGGGGGCUAGAAGGAAACAAUUGAGGCUGCAUUGAUUUGGAUCACUCAAAGGCUAACUAAAUAAUAAUCCUAUCAGUAGAUAAUCCAGCUAUGUUAGAAGGGUAUUUCGUCAUCAGUUGCAAUUGGUGGGCUUGAUCUUGAUCUCAUUUGUAUGGUUUCCUCAGCUUGCUAAGAGGAGUGAAUGAAGUUUGUCUUGCCAAAAUACAUUAACCUGGACUUUGUUACAUGGUACUGAAUCACACACUUUGCAUUGACUGAGUUGUGUGUUUUUAAAUCUUGUGCAACACUUUGAAAAUGAGGAAUUAGUCUAAUGUGUCUAAGCAAUGCUUUUAUGCUUGCUCCCUUUUUAAAAGUCUCCAGAUACCCACUCUGUACUUGUGACAACUAACGUCUUUUUCUAUAAAAUACAAUGUAUGGAUGUCCAAUAAAAUCCCUAUGAACUGCGUUUUUUGUGACCUCAGAGGAUAUUAUUUUUAACUGUUAAACAUUCGUGUUCCAUGUUUGUAGUAGAUAUAUGCCUUUCUCUCCAGCGGCAAGACAAUUUUUCACCUUUUGAGCAGCCUCUUGAUUUGGGCUACUAAGUCCCCCUCCUAUUUAUUAAUUGCAGGCCUUUCUACAGAUAUCGUUUAGAAGUCUCUUAUUUUUAAAAUGGUCAAUAACAACUUGAAGUGGAUAUUUAUAUGAAUAAUCCUAUUUUUUGCUUCUGUUACUUUAUCUUUGCAUUUGGCACUGUUUGAUGUUUUUUCCUGUAACUAUAAAAGAUAUUUUGUCAGAUUUUCACCAGAUUUGCCUUUUUUAUUACAUUUGCUAGAUUUUGUAGGGCUCUUUAAAAUGCAUAGAAAAAUAUUUUUCCUGCGUAUGCCUGAAUACAGUAAGUAAAUACACAAGCAGUUUGGGUUCUAGGUUGUCAGUGUCCCAUUGUCAAAAUGAAAAACAUGAUAGAAAGUCUGUGUGUAAUAUAACUGUGAAAUAGUGUAGUUUAUAGCCUGUAAAUAAAGGGGACUUGUAAAUAUGAUUUUUCCCUGUGCGCAAGCACUUGCACUGUAGUUUAGUACAGUAGAUUUGUGUGUUUACUAGAUUAACUGUAGCAUACUGUUUUUUGUAUAGUCUAUAAAUUUUAUGGAAAUAUUACCUGCUUUUCUGAUGACUAUUUUUGUUUUCCAGAUGGUCAGCAUUUUAAAUGUCAUGUGACUUCUUUGUAGAUUUUGAUAGAAUAGUAAAUACAUAAGGAAACAAGCUUCAAACUGUUGAAAUCUUAAGUAUGCAAGUUGAAAAAUAAGUGUGUAAAGCAAUUUUUAUUGUCAUUUCUAAUCUCAUGAGGCAUGCAAAAAUGUCAAGCAAUUGAAAACAAAUUUUAUUAAAAUGAGUGUUUCUAUAUCAA